AUGAAGAUUCAGUCAGUUCUGCUCCCUCUUGGAGGCCUCCUCCUUUCGUCGACGACAGCGACAGCACACGUGAGCCACAUCCGCUCCGAGUUACCGGCGCCGACCAACUCUUUGGGCGACAGACUUAGGCAAACUGUGAAGGGGCCCGACCCAAGGCCGACCUCAAGACCCGAGGCCUGGGGUUUGGACACCGAUAUCGACGUCCAGAGCCAGGAAAAGGAAACCUGCGGAUAUUUCAGCACUAACGGAGCGCUCGCGACGGUUACGUGCACGGGUUCCGGGUCGAGUGUCCUCUCCUGCAAGGGCACCGGGAAGUGGCUCUGCGGAGGGCGGUACACCAGUUGUCUGGAGCCCACCGCGCCCCUCUGCAAGUUGAACAGCGACCUGCACUCAAAGACCAUGUGCUGGUAA